AAAAGUUGAUCAAGAUGAAGUCCGCGAUCCUCUCCGCCCUCGCUCUUUCCGCCGCGUCCGCUAAAGCUGGUACCGUCCUCUGGGAUGGGACGUUCAACUCUUCGUUUGUCGUCGAUGACUUUGAUCUGUGGUCAUUCAGCAAUCAGAUCGCGCCUUAUCAAUGGUACAUCCAUGGCGACUCGGCUACAUCUGAGUACCUGGACGUCUCUUCUGAUUAUAAGAACCCUGUGGAUACGACAGAUGCACAGGGUAUCAAAAUUACUAUCGACGGAACUUCGUUCUGGGAAGGCCAAACCAUGGAGCGUUCCGAGAUCAUCCCCCAGACGUCGGAGGACUUGGGUGCGGGACAUCUAUACUACCAUUUCUCGCUCAGUACGUCCGAGACGAACGCGCCGAACGCGGCGUUUGAGCAUCAGAUCGCUUUUUUCGAGAGCCACUUUACGGAGAUCAAGUAUGGCCUCUUAUCCAGCGAGUCCAGUGGCACGGAUAAUACGCUCCGGUGGAUGGCAAAUUCCGAAACUCAGUGGAGUACGGAUUUGGUGCCUGGGCAGUGGUAUAACUUCGCCUAUGACAUCGACUUCGACGCCGGGACAGUCGGUCUCUGGGCCUCGAACGGCUCAGACGCGCUCACACAGGUCGUGCAGGCAGUGACGGCGAGUACUUCGUCGAAUUCUGCGGAUUGGCACAUAGGCCAGCUUCGCCUUCCCAACGGCGGUUCGGACGCAGACGCCGAAGACUGGUUCUGGUCCGGUAUAUAUGUCGAAUCGGGCGAUUUGACGACGGAUCUGGCGGGGCCAAAUGCGGGGACCGCUAGUUCUGCUGGUUCAUCCUCGGCAGUGUCGAGUAACGUGGCAAGCUCUAGCGCCGCUGCAUCCGCUACAAGUUCUAGUGCUGUGGUGAUCGCCUCCGCGAGUGCUGUGGCCACGGCAUCUUCUACCGCGAAUACAUCCUCAUCGAGUGUCAUCGCCUCCUCUUCCGCCGCUCAAUCUACCACCGCUAUCCCUACAUCCGCAACGUCAUCGUCCAGCCUCGCAACAACCCCCUCCGUAUCCUCCUCAUCCUCGUCUUCUGCUCCCUCCACUACUACCUCCGUCGACCCCUGCGCUGGCGCUCCAGAUGUUUCCACCAGCACGACCGUUCCUUCAUCCUCAGUCGUCCCUGCCGUUUCGUCUUCUUCUUCCGCUGCGGUAGGCGGCCCAUCUAUCUCCAUCAUUUCUUCAGCUGGUGCCAGUACCGCCGCCGCCGCUACUACUACUGCUAGCGCUAGUGUCGAUCCCUGUGCGGGCGAGGGAACUAGUGCGGCCGGUGCUGCCUCCCCGUCCAGUAGCACCACCCCCGCAGUUUCUGUCCCCUCCUCCGUCUCUACUUCUACGAAAGUCGUGGCUACUUCAUCAACUGCCAGUGCUUCAACUGCUUCCGGCUCCUCCGACCCAUGCACAGAAACCUCCGAAGGCGAAGUCAAAAAACGCUCCGAGGCGCUUAGACGGCAAGAAACGGCGAAGAGGGACGACGUGUUUGAGUAUCAACGCGAUGCAGAGAUUAGGGAGGCGAUGGCAAGGCAGGCUGCGGCGAAAAGAGAUGAUGAGAUUGAGAGGAGGAGGGAUGUAGAGAUCAGGGCGGCGAUGAAGAGGCAGGAGCAGGCUAGACGUGACGAUGAGGCGGAGAGAAAGAGGGAUUUGCAGAGGAGGAAUGCCAUGGAGAAGCGGGUUAGAGCGUUCAGAGAGGAUAUUCAAGAGAGGAAGAGGGAUGAGACGAUGAGGAGGGGGUUGGAGGAGAUGGUUAGGAAGAGGGGCGUGACUGGGGCGAGGGUUGGAUUGAAGGGUUCGAGAGCAAGUGGAAGUACAGGGGCGAGAAGGCGAGGACGAUGGGGGGUUACGAACUAACCGAGUCGUGGCCUUUCAUUCAAGUAGUCGAUCUAUGUGGCCUUUUCCUUGUUCAUUUAGUUUCAUGUUUUUGGUACACCUGCGGCCGAGCCGCGUCACUAUUCAUCGGUUUUUCG